AUGUGUCGAAGUUGAUUUGCUCCAUCAAAGUCUGAAGGAAAUUCAUCCUGAAAGUUUUUCCUUUUUUCAGCUCUUUUCUCAUGAAUAAUGAAUCAGUGGAUCCUCUCCUUCAGCGAAACGAACUUGUGGUUAAAAAGCUGAUUGGGACAACCGGGAAGAUGGGAUUCCCUGUUAUGUCCCACUGAGGAGCAUAAUCUGCCCGGCUGGAGCUGAGCCAGACAGCAGAAAGUCAGAGCCUCAAACUCCGUCCUGCUCCUUUAAAAUAUAAAAUAUGCAGAUGCUGCUCCUCCUGGAGAUAUUUUUGAGUGUUUAGGUAAGACUGGCUGCAACAACUGGGAAGAAGAAGGCAUUGAAAUGAGGAACAUCUUGUUCUAAGUUUGUUCAUGUGGACAGAGUUGACUGAUUGCAACACAACUAUCAUCUCAAAGUUAGACAGAAGAUGUUCUCUCCUCCAUGGAUUCACUGAUAACCAGAUGAGGACGAGGAAAGGUGAUGAUCUUCAUGAAGGACAUUUACUAACCUUCAUGUGAAUGAAGCAACACACACAGAGGCUGAAUUACAGCCCCUGAUCAUGCAUAAAUGCAUGAAUGACUGCCUGCAUGGUCUCCCACAACCACCGCUGUGGGAUCAGACUGAUGAUGUCACUGCUGAGGGUCACCUGACAUCUUUGCGGGAAGAUCCCCUCCCACAGCAGACCAGAGAGAGACAACAGAUGAGAGGAGAUCUGUCUGAGCUUCUUCUCUCCAGAGCUCCUUCUUCAGUCCACAAUCCUUCGACCUGAGGAGACUCCUAAGUCAUCCCUCACUCUGCCUCACACAGGACCGAUGCACACCGAUGCACACUUGCCAGGCGGAGUGAGGCCAUUCCCCUGACAGAGCUCUGACAAACAGAAUCAUGGAGGUCAGAUCUGUUGUUGCUCACACUUCCCUGCGCAGAUGUGUCCAUCCCAAUGUUUUGACGAGAACCUAAGCAGAGCAGGAAGCGUCCGGUCUCCCCUCUGUCACGGAGGAGGACCGUAGGAGGCGUUCUCUUUGUUCCGCAUGCAGAACAUCCUCGAUCAGAACUUAGACAUGGCCACGGCGCUGCUCGCAGGCGAGAAGCUGAAGGAGCUGAUCAUGCCGGGCUCCUCUCAGGAUGAGAAGGGCGGAGCACUGGCCGGCCUGAUGGUGCAGCUCAAGCUGGAGCUGCCCUUUGAUCGCGUGGUUACCAUAGGAACGGUCAUCAUCCCCAUCCUGCUGGUCACCCUGGUCUUCACCAGAAACUUCGCAGAGGAAUCCAUUUACUGUUACACGCCACACAACUUCACUCGCGACCAGGCGCUGUACGCCAGAGGCUACUGCUGGACGGAGCUGCGCGAUGCCAUUCCUGGGGUGGAGCCUCACCUUUGGCCCUCUCUGUUCGAGCACAAGUUCCUACCCUACGCCCUGCUGGCCUUCGCUGGGAUCAUGUACAUUCCUGCCCUGGGUUGGGAGUUUCUGGCCUCCACUCGGCUAACGUCAGAGCUCAAUUUCCUGCUUCAGGAGAUCGACAACUGCUACCAUCGAGCCGCCGAGGGCCGAGCCCCGAAGAUCGAGAAGCAGAUCCAGUCCAAAGGCCCCGGCAUUACUGAGCGCGAGAGGAGGGAGAUCAUCGAGAACGCAGAGAAGGAGAAGAGCCCCGAGCAGAAUCUGUUUGAGAAGUAUUUAGAGAGACGAGGACAAAGCAACUUUUUGGCUAAGAUUUACCUCGCACGCCACAUGGCAAUCAUCUGCCUCAGUUCCAUCCCGAUAUCUUACCUGAGCACCUACUACUCCCGCCAAAGGCAGAACGAGUUCACCUGUGCUCUGGGGGAACCGCCAGACAUCAGCAGUUAUCUGGAGCUGAAGAUCAGGGUCAACUGCAAGCUGCCUGCCGUGCAGCUGCAGCGCAUCAUGGCGGCGGUGGACAUCGCCUUGCUCUGCACAAUGAACUUCAUCAUCUUGCUUAAUUUGCUCCAUUUGUUUGUUGUGCGCAAAUCCAACUUUGUGUUUGAUAAGCUGCACAAGGUUGGGAUCAAAACCCGGCGGCGCUGGCAGAAGUCUCCGUUUUGUGACAUUAACAUCCUGGCCAUGUUCUGCAACGAGAACCGAGACCACAUCAAGUCCCUGAACCGCCUGGACUUCAUCACCAACGAGAGCGACCUCAUGUACGACAACGUGGUCCGGCAGCUGCUGGCUGCACUCGCACAGUCCAACCAUGAUGCCACGCCCACUGUGAGGGAGUCUGGGAUACAGACGAUCGAUCCCAACAUGGACCCCUCUGAUCUCAGGGUGGGGGACAUGGGCGGAGAGCCGCUCGUCAUCAAAAGACCCCGCAAAAAGAUGAAAUGGAUCCCGUCAUCCAAUCCUCUCCCUCAACCAUUUAAGGAACCACUAACUCUGACACGUUUGGAAAACAACGCCAAGCAGGAGAAACCCAAACCUCUCAGGCGUAAGACGGUGGCAGACAGCUUCAUCGCUCCUCUGCUGGACAACAAGAGCACACAGCUGUCUUCUACUAAAGAUUUAGGUGUAAUAGAGAAAAAGCACACUCGUAACUUCUCCUUGGAUGUCCACCCGUACAUGCUGACCAUUCGAAAGCCCAAGGUGGAGACCACAGCCACAGAGCCGCUGCCCUCACAGCACAACCUGGAUAGUGUCUAUCUAGAGGGCACACACACCAUCGUCCAUGUGUCCGGUGCUAUAGCAGAAACAAAAGUUUGUUCUCCAGAAUCGACCAACACUGCCUUUUCUUCUGAGACUCUGCCAACCUCUUCUUACGUAAACGGAGUGAGCCCCAACCCUCCUUCGAGCGAAGAUCCACUCAGUCCAAAGUCCUCUCCUCCUCAAGCCGAGCCUCAGAUGGAAAACGCCGAGAACCAGCCACCGCCCCUGACCAUAGCCCCCACGCACCAGCUGCUGAGCAUUCGUCACACUCUCUUUGAGGAAGAGGAGGAUGAGGAGAACAGAGGGAGCAGACUGGAGGAGAGAGCUGGGGAGCUGAUCGCUGCUGGAGAAUGUUGAAGAAGAAGGCAGAACUUCCACACCAUCUUCACAACAAAGACCUUCACCAAGAACCACCUCUCACACACCUCUGUGAUGGAAGUGAGCCAAACAGCAAGAAAACGAGGAAGGAAGAGUCUUUGCUGGACCUAUGUUGCAGGAACUGAAGUUGCAUUUGUGUCUCAGGAUGACUGCGUUUAGCUCAUCGCCCAACGAUUAAACCAGCAGCGACGUAACUCAACAGGGUGCUACAGUGCAGGGUCAAAACCGCAACGUCGACGAGGUCUGAGGACGAAACAGGAAGUGAGCCUUGGAGAAAAAAAGUCUGCUGGUGGACUUGAUCAUGACUCAAUUUUAAACACCCGGUAACGCUUCGUCCCUUUAUCCCAACAGCCAAGUAGAACGGUAGCUCACGCAAUACAGUUGUUGAGAUCUGCACAAUUAUUAUGCAAAAGAUCACAAACAUGUUUGUGGCAAUAAUGUAUGCGCUUCGAGCAUCACCUCACGGAAUGUCAUAUCAGGCGUCAUAUAUGAGUCAGUGUUAGUGGGAUGUUUAAGAUAUCACAUUUGUGGCUUAUCCCCAUAGCUUUCCAUUGCUACGGAUACUUGAUUGAACAGCUGCACAUUCUUACAGAACAGGGGUCGGCAACCUUUAACAGUAACAGAACAAAUUGGGCUCAUUUUCUGCUGAUCAAAAGCUAAAAGGAGCCGGAUAGUCUUACUUUAGCCUUUAAGAAAUUUGCAUUCAUGACCUUCUUCUUUUUUUAAUAAUGUCUAUUUUUUGGCACAAACAAAAGCAUUUUGCAAACAAGAUUUCCUUAGGUCAACAGGAAAGUAAAAUCCUACAUAGUUUAUCAUUUAUGUGCAACUCAGCCAUCAAUUUAUACAUUUAAAUAAUCUAAAUUACACUUGAAAAGUUACAUUACCCGCGAUACUAGUUUGAAUGUGUUUUGCUGAAAGUAGUCUCUGAAGAUGCUGAAGCUUUUUGCUAAAAAUUGACGCAAUUUACUUUAAUUAAUGAAGAGAUUUGCUGAAAAUGCAAAAACUAUUUGCAGAAUGUUAAAUAUGCUAAAAGAUUUUGUUAAAGAACUAUGAAAGUUCUGAAGUUGAACUAAAUUUCUGAAAAAAUUGUAGUAAAAUUGCAGAAAAAAAAUCCCUAAUAUACACUGUAUGUCAA